UAGUGCAACAGCUAUUUUAGUUCGUUCAUGUAUAUAUUGUGUAACUGGUUAUCUUAGCGUAAUAUGGAUUUGUAAACUAACGCUACGAGAUGAAGUUAUGCGGGCGCAAGCCAUAUCUGACUAGAAGUUGAGACGCAACCGCUCUUACAGGCCAUAGCAACAGCACGCGUACGCAUAGCAACGGUAUACUUUUGUCUACAUCUGGACUGUAAUUAAGCCAUUUAAGGCUGUCAAAUUGUACUUACACAUUUUGAUGAUGAAGAAAUCAAAAGAAACACAGAAAUUAAAAGUCAAGCUUGGACAAGGACAAGGUGACCAGCUGUCAUACAUGAAAGUACCCAUCAAAAAGGCUAGUCGUAAGCCAAGCAUAUUCCUGAAAGCACAACCUGAAAAUAUUGCUGAAGAAUAUCCUGGUCUUGAAAAUUGUGACGAGUGGACUGACCCUAGAGAGCGCCUCAAACCUGCUGACCAGCUCCAACUAAAUGAAAAUGAACUCAACGAGGAAUUCACGAGGAUUCUGACUGCUAAUAAUCCGAACGCACCGGAGAAUGUCAUCCGUUAUAGUUUCAAUGAACGCUGCUUUAAACAGGUAACGUACAUCGAACAGAUGGCCGUGCAUUUUGCUGCUGACGGUUGCAUGCUGCACAAGAACUCUGACGAAGCAAGGAGGCAGCAAGCUCGAGGUGAAACUGGAGUCGCAAUCAUCACGGAUGCUCAGGCUGAAGGGGAAGACAACGAAGAAAACGCAGAGGAGCAGACAGGCAAGGAGGAGGUUCCCGAGCAGGAGGCAGAAAGGUCGUCAACUCUGCCCCCUAACAGAGAUGCAAAAAAGUUGACCAACCAGUUUAACUUCAGUGAGCGAGCAUCCCAGACGUAUAACAAUCCGUAUCGUGAACACGAGACACAAACGCAGCCCCCACCGCGUACAACAUUCGGCAGCGGCGUCACGCAGUGGGAAAUAUUUGACGCGUACGCGGAGGAUUUUGCAUAUCAACAGCUUGAAAAGAACAAGGAUAAAGCGAAGAGUAUCGUUGGGCAGAAAGAUGGCACCACCGUCCGCAAGAAAGUACUCACGUCCGAGCUGCAGACAAAUGACAUGAGUCUCGUGGCGAGAGCGGCAAAGAUAGUCGAGCGAAUGGUGAACCAGAACUCAUAUGACGAGAUCGCACAGGACUUCCGCUACUGGGAAGAUAUGUCGGAUGAGUUCAGAGAAAAUGAAGGAACACUGCUCCCUUUAUGGCGCUUUAUCACUGACUGCACCAAGCGGCUGGCCGUUACGUCGGUUUGCUGGAACCCGUUCUACGACGACUUGUUCACUGCCAGCUAUGGCUCCUAUGACUUCAUGAUGCAACCGAAGGGAUGCAUAUGCUGCUUCAGCCUGAAGAACCCAUCCUUCCCGGAGUUCAGCUUCAAGACCAAUUACGGGGUCAUGUCCAUCGACGUGCAUCCGUCCUACCCGCACCUCAUCGUUGCUGGCUGCUACGAUGGCAGCGUCGCUGUCUACAACUCGAAAGUGUCCUCGGAGGCAAUUCACUGCAGCAAUGCCGAGACGAAGCACUCGGAUCCGGUCUGGCAGGUCAAGUGGCGCUCGGACGACCUGGAUGGCAACCUCACCUACGUGUCAGUGUCGUCGGACGGCCGAGUGUGCGUGUGGACAGUCGCCAAGAGCGAGCUGAGCUGUGCAGAGGUGAUGCAGCUGAUGGUGUACGGGGUAGCGGGCGAUGGGCCGGAUGGCACCCGGCUGCAGACGCUUGGCAGUGGCACGGCGAUCGACUUCCACCCGGAGCACGAGCAGACGUUCCUCGUUGGCACCGAGGAGGGUCGCAUCUUGCUCUGCUCGCUGACCCAUCAUAGCCACUACCUCGGUGCCUUCACCGCACACCAGAUGUCGGUCUACCGAGUUCAGUGGAACCCGUUCCAUCCCGACGUGUUCAUCUCCUGCAGUGCCGACUGGAGCGUUAAGAUCUGGGAGCGCGCGCACACAGAGCCGCUCUUCACGUUUGACCUGAAGAGCGCUGUCGGCGACGUCGCGUGGGCGCCGUACUCGGCCACCGUGUUCGCCGCCGUCACGGCCGACGGCAGAGUGCACGUGUACGACCUGAGCGUGAACAAGUACGACGCCGUCUGCUGCCAGACGAUCGUGCACCGGCGCAAGACGAAGCUGACACGCCUCGCGUUCAACCGCCGCACUUCAGUGGUCGUCGUCAGCGACGACCGCGGCGCUGUGGCGAGUUUCAAGUUGUCGCCGAACCUGCGUCGCGCGCCGCGUGACAAGAAGGGCCAGGAGCUGACGAGGAGUGCAGAGGCCGAGGUGGAGAAACUUGAACGCAUUCUGCAGGUCGUCCGCGAGAACCCGAAGACCAGCAGCCUUUCGUUGGCCACGUCAGCCGUGCAGUGGUCUAACAGGGCUCGGAAGAAGUUUUGA